UGGAGACGCGCCGCGGCGCAGGCCUCUCCCGCUUGCGGAGUGUACAGCGGAGGGCGGCCGGGCCCGCGGCCUUACGGCCACCAUGAAGCUGACACGAAAAAUGGUCCUGUCCCGAGCCAAGGCUUCAGAGCUGCACAACGUGCGGAAGCUCAACUGCUGGGGCAGCCAGCUCACAGAUAUUUCCAUCUGCCGGGAGAUGCCCAGCCUGGAGGUGAUCACACUCAGCGUCAACAGUGUCUCCACCCUGGAACCGGUGCGCGGCUGCCGACGCCUGAGCGAGCUGUACCUGAGGAGGAACUGCAUCCCCAGUCUGAACGAGCUGUUCUACCUGAAGGACCUACCACAGCUCCGGGUGCUCUGGCUGGCCGAGAACCCAUGCUGCGGCACCAGCCCGCACCUUUACCGCAUGACUGUGCUGCGCAACCUGCCCCACCUGCAGAAGCUGGACAACCAGGCUGUGACCGAGGAAGAGCUGACCCGUGCGCUGAUGGAGGGAGAUGAGAUCACUGCCGCCCCACGCAGAGAAGGCGCAGGCAAUGGCUGUCCCAAGCCCCCCUAUGACCUCAGCUCCGUCAGCUCAGCUACUGAGACCAGCCAGCACCUGCUGAGCUACACCGAGGAGACAGAAGUCCAGGGCCAGACUGCCGCAGACCAGUCUCCUUCCUUCUCACCAAGGGACACUUUGAGGAGUCACAAGAAUAGGAACAUCCUGACUGCCAUAUUGCUGCUACUGCGGGAGCUGGAUGCGGAGGGGCUGGAGGCUGUCCAGCAGACCGUGGGCAGCCGGCUGCAGGCGCUGCACAGACCGGAGCCCCAGGAGGACAUGGAGUGACCUCAUAUGCCCCAGUGUCUGGACCCUGUUAUAUCCCGAGGCAAUAUAGCUCUACCUGGAGAGCCUUCGUCUGGGGUGCCAACGCCAAGCCAAUACAGGCUUGCCAGUGGCUGCCAGCUAGGCAGACCCCUCUCCUGUGCUCAGAGCUAGCAGAGAUGCUGCCCACAGCGUGGUCUCUGGGACUUACCUGCCGAGGCCUUGAAGCUCUGGGCACUGUCUGACCCUUCCUCACGGAGGACGGAAGGAGCCAUACCCUCCAAUAAAGCACUUUCUGUUUGGGCUGGAAGGUCUGGGACAGGAAGCAUCUCAGGGCCUUGACGUCGAGGUUCAUGUGGUUUCUCAGCCGCUAGGGGGAGCCCUAGUGUCCCUUAUCAAGGCUACCCAUGGAGAGGCGCUGUGUCCCAGGUGUCCUUAGACAUAGCCUGGGAGAAUGGAUUUUUUUUUCAGGACAAGGCUGGGCAGGACACUGUCCUUUUUCUUUCUUCUUCAGGAGAGGGAUGUCAUCUAGGUAGAGUGACUGAUUGGGGACAUCUAGGGUUGCUGAGCAUUCUGACGUGCCAGAUGCCAUCCACAAAGUUGCCUUUGUUAGAGCAAUUGGGGGAGGCCCUAUAGCUCACCCAGGCAGGGCCACCUUGGUGUCCUGGGGUGACCUUACACCUGCCACAAGAGAACGAGCCAAGAAAGGCAUCAAGAUUCACAUAUGUAAAACAACCUGAGCAAAAAAAAAAAAAGUCUAGAAGGGCCAAGGAACAAAUAUACCAUCCAGGAAGCCUGCUGCAUACACUAGCUGGCCCUGUAGGUGACCUGUAAGGGUCUUGAUGCUGAAGGUUCAGGGCAGCUGGGCCCCUGCCUUUGCUCCACCACUGGUCCCCGUCUAGACUUGGAAGUACUUUCUCUCUUAAUAAACUGUUUCUACCAGU